ACACAUCAUCGUCACCAGAAUGCCUCCCCGAAUACCAUCCCAUCGUCUCCCACCUCAACCGACAUGCCAAUGUUUUCGCACACGGCCUUCAGUCCUCCAUGAAAGCUCUUCUACGAGCCAUGGCUCCUCCUCUGCGACCACCAUCUCCACGCAACAAACCCGCGACUUCCAUCGCCAAUCGGGCACCAAAGCCACUCGUCAACGGCGCGACAUGUGGGAAUGGCUCAAUGGGCCCGGAAAAGUCUUCCGGGAUCCGUUACCGAGCAGCACGAAUUAUAUGUCUGCGUAUGAUAAAUACGGAAAUCUCAACAGGCUCGAAAGUCUCAAUAACAGCGAUCGGCGGGGGCAGGCGAUUGCUGCUGAUCCUAAAGUGAUUGAUGUUGCACCUGUUGAACAAGAAGAGGCGAUUCAAGAAGAAGAGAGAAAGCAAGGAUUGGAUGAGGCGACGAUUGCGAAAAACGUGAAGACGAGAGCGAAGCAGAGAGAAGAUAAAGUGGAGAUGGAGGCGCGAGGUGGGAUGGUGAAAGAAAAAUUAAACGAUAUGAGGCCUUUUCCGCUAAACGAGAAUUUUCGAUCAGAGAGGGUGUUAUCUGAAGAGCUGCGAGAGGAGGUGUAUGCAAAAGUAGUGGGUGCGGGAGUGGAUAUCUCCACUGUCAGCGCGGCUUUUGGGAUUGAUUUGAGAAGAGUUGCUGCUGUGGUGCGCUUGAAGACUAUUGAGAAGUCGUGGGAAGCUGAGAACAAACCACUCGCCAAGGCGUACAAUGAUGCAGUCCUGGCUAUGCUACCGCAAACGCCAUACAAACCGAACAAUCCCAGACGACAGAUAUUUCCGCACGAAUCUGUCAACGAUCUCCCAGUGCACCCCGCAACGAGACAACAGCUCUUCGUCCCAGUCUCGGAAUCUCGUCAGUUCACUCGUGAAGAUGCCGCCAAGGCAUUUCACGACCAUCUCCUACCAGCAGAUAAGCGCAUCCCUCAUCCGGAGCUCAUCGAUCUUGAAAGGGACAGUCGAGCGGGAAUCAGCAGGGAGGAGCGCUGGGCGCGUCAGCAGAAACGCGAUCAAGAUAUUCAGGAGGCCAAGGCUAAAGCGGAAGCUAAGAAGGCUGCUUGGGAAGAGAGGUCGCAGAGGAUCGUUAGUACGCGGAGAUGGGAUUUCAAGUUUCAGGAUAUUAGCGCGGAGAAGGUGGGGAAGAAUGGGAGGAGUCGGGAGGGUGUGGGUGCGAGGUAUGGUAUGCCGCAUGAAGAUCGGAAGAGAGGCAUAGUCAAAAUUCCAACGAGUGUGGAAUAGGGCGGUGAUGAUGGGAGGCGAUGGAUGUGUGUAUGAUACCUAGUCUGUGUUGCACAGUAGCAGUAGCAGUACCUCCAGCAGCUCUACGGUUGAAUGGUAC